AAAUAAAUUCAAUUGCUCAGUCAGCCUCACGUGUGUUUUGAUUACGAUGUGCGGUUAUUUGUGAAUAUUUUGCAGAACAAUUACAACAGAACUAUGUUAUUAACAGAAGACAAAGAGGUCGACAUAUUCGUCGCAAGUAAAAUAGGUUCUUUUAAACAUGUCAAAUACCACACGGACAGUUCUAAAAACAAUAAGAAAUGUAUAGAAAAUCUUGUUGACAUAAAAUCUCUGCAGAAAGAUGACAGCAUUACAUGUAUGGAGUGGGGGAAUGCUGAUCAGACAGAGAUUCUACUAGGGCGAGCUAAUCAGGAGAUCCAAAUCUAUAACACCGAGGGAAGGACAGUUACAAAAACUUACACGGCCGACUUCGGCACAGGACAUCUUGUGGGCCUCGGCCGAUGUAAACGGAAGGUCAUAGCUGCAUUAUCCGCUGGUGUGGUCAAGAUUUGGAGCAGAAAAGAGGAGUGUACCAUAGAAACUGGUAAACUUGAUCGGAUGAGGGUGUGCGCUGAUGAUCCAACUAUGUUCGCUACAGGGGGCGAAGAAAACGAUCUGAAAGUCUAUCGUAUUGGCGAUGAGACACCAAUUUUCUCCGCGAAGAAUUUGUCACACGACUGGCUUCAACUGAGGAGGCCCGUGUGGGUGACCGACCUGGCCUUCGUGCCGGGCGAGGGGGGGAACCUGGUGGCGGCAUGUUCGAGGCAUGGAUACGUCAGAUUAUACGACUCGCGAGCCCAACGUAGACCAGUUAUCAACGUGGAUUUCGAAAUGGCCGCCACCUGUAUUACGCCUAGUUUUGACGAGCGCCAAGUUUUGGUGGGCUUCGGCCGCGGCCAGCUCCACCUGGUGGACCUUCGCAGGGGCAAGCCUGACAAGGGCUACAAGGGUGCAACAGGGGCCGUCACCGACGUGGCCGUCUUCCCCCGGGAGAGGCUCGUGGUCAGCUCCAGCCUGGACAGACAUCUCAGGGUGCACCAGUUCGAUACUAAGGAGCUGGUUUGUAAGCAUUACCUAACAUCGAAACUAGCAAGAGUAUUGGCUCAGACUGAGAGGAACACACCGCUGUUGCGUACACCCGACGAAGCGGCAAAGACGGAGGAAUUGGACGAGAUGGACCAGCUGUUCGAUGAUAUGGAGGCUGUCGGUGAAACACCAAUCGAAUCAGAUCCAAUUCCUACGAAGAAAGUCAAGUCCAAUCCGAAAGAAGACUCCGAUGAAGCGAUAAGGAAUCUUCUCCGGAAAACAGAGAAGACUAAGAAGAAACGGGAACAGCGGAAAAAAGAGAAGAAAGCUAAAAGCGUGUUCCAUAACGCUUAGAAUAUAUUAUAUUUUUUUUGUUACGA